AUGCCGGGCUUCGACUACAAGUUCCUGGAGAAGCCCAAGCGGCGGCUGCUGUGCCCGCUGUGCGCCAAGGCCAUGCGCGAGCCCGUCCGCGUCUCCACCUGCGGCCACCGCUUCUGCGACACCUGCCUGCAGGAAUUCCUCAGCGAGGGGGUCUUCAAGUGUCCAGAGGACCAGCUGCCCCUUGACUACGCCAAGAUCUACCCAGACCCAGAACUGGAGGCCCAGGUCCUGAGCUUGACCAUCCGGUGCAUACACAGCGAGGAGGGGUGCCGCUGGAGCGGGACCGUCCGCCAUCUGCAGGUGCACCUUGGGACGUGCAGCUACAACGUGGUACCCUGCCCCAACCGCUGUGGGGCCAAGCUGAGCCGCCGGGACCUCCCGCCCCACGUGCAGCACGACUGCCCCCAGCGCCACCUCAAGUGCGAGUUCUGCGGGGCCGACUUCACGGGGGAAGCCUACGAGAACCACCAGGGCCUCUGUCCCCAGGAGAGCGUCUACUGUGAAAACAAGUGUGGUGCCCGGAUGAUGCGACGGCUGCUGUCUCAGCACAUGCUCUCUGAGUGCCCCAAGCGCACGCAGCCCUGCGGCUACUGCAGCAAGGAGUUCCUGUACGACACCAUCCAGAACCACGAGUAUCAGUGCCCGCGUUACCCCGUGCCUUGCCCGAACCAGUGUGGGGUGCCCAGCAUCGCCAGGGAAGACCUCAGCGGGCACUUGAAAGAGAACUGCACCACGGCGCUGGCGCUCUGCCCCUUCAAGGAAGCUGGCUGCAAGCACCGGUGCCCCAAGCUCUCCAUGAGCCGCCACCUGGACGAGAGCACGAAGAUGCACCUGGGCCUGAUGUGCGCCCUGGUGGCUCGCCAGCGGCAGGAGCUGGGGGACCUCCGCCGCGAGGUGGAGGAGCUGGCAGUGGGCAGCGAGGGCGUCCUGAUCUGGAAGAUCGCUGAUUACGCCCGCAAGCUGCAGGAGGCCAAGGCCCGCAGCAACUUCGAGUCCUUCAGCCCUCCCUUCUACACCCACCGCUACGGCUACCGGCUCCAGGUCUCUGCCUUCCUCAACGGGAACGGCAGCGGUGAGGGCAGCCACCUCUCGGUCUACAUCCGCGUCCUGCCCGGCCAGUACGACAACCUCCUGGAGUGGCCCUUCGCCUACCGGGUCACCUUCUCCCUGCUGGACCAGAGCGACCCCUCGCUCUCCAAGCCGCAGCACAUCACCGAGACCUUCCUGCCGGACCCCAACUGGAAGAACUUCCAGAAGCCCGGGGCGGGGCGCACGUCCCUGGACGAGAGCCUGCUGGGGUUCGGGUACCCCAAGUUCAUCUCCCACGAGGACAUCAAGAAGCGCAACUAUGUGAGGGACAACGCCGUCUUCAUCAAGGCCUCGGUGGAGAUCCCCCAGAAAAUCAUCUCCUGAGCGCCUUCGUCCCCGGAAAGACGGGAUUAAAUCGGUUCCUGCUUUGCAACGGGUCAGACUGGAUGAGCCUUGGUGCGCCCUUGAAACUCUACAAGUCUGUGAUUAUAUGGUUCUCUGGAGGUUUUUAAGCAGAGAUUUUUUGGGUAGGGGGGUUCUCUAGCUGUGAUUCCUGCAUUGGACUAAAUGGACCUCGAAGUCCCUUCAGACUAUGAUUCUCCAGAGUGCUGCAUUGGAGUUUUGCAUCUGAAAAUAUUGUACUCUUGUCUUGCCCAACUUGCCCUUUGUAGUCCUGACCUCUGGAUGGAUUCUCAGCCUCCCCACCUCCUGAAAUGGUGCUAACUUGCUACAGCUCAACGAGGAAAUCCUGCCUGCCUUGAGACCAUCUCCUCCCCACCCCACCCCCACCCCCACCCCAAAGCAGCUGGGCUGCCUCUGUUUUCCUCCCCCCAAAAAAUAAUAAUUCCUCAGCUCUUCUUCCAGAGCAUCCUGCCCUGGUCUUUGUCCUUUGGGUCUUGGGUUCAAGAGGCAGGAAGAAUGCUUGACCCUUUCCCCCAUGGCAAACGCCGGGGUUGGCUUUGGGGGGUGCAGGGGGGAGGGGGGUCCCCCAGUGAGAGCACACUGGGGCUUUUGGCUUUGUGAUGGGCCAGUCUUCCACCAGAUCCUCCUCCUCUCCCCCCACCAAAAAAGCCAGCUUUCCUAGCCAUAGUCCUGGGAAGAAUGUGUCCCAAAAUGGGGGCCUGUCUAUCUGUCUGUCUUUCUAUCUGUCUCCCUCGGUGGUCUCUCAGGGAUGCCCUGCAAUUGCUUUGGACGGACACUGGAGGAAGUUGAGGCCCCUUCUACCUUCCAGGUACGGCCACCGGUCAGCAUCUCGAGGCUACUGACCCCAAUAAUCUUCCCUCCUUGUGCCUAGACCCCUUUGCCUCCCACUCAGUUGCCUGGAUUGAUCUCCUGUUUAGCGGGGGGAGCAGUAGGGCAGGGAGAGGAGCCCCCCCCACCCCCCUACUCCAUCACAGAGCCAUAUUUUGUACAGGGAGCCCCAGAGUCUUUGAGUGGAUCUGGUCCUCCUCCAUCCUCUGUCCUGUUUUUGGAAUCAGUUUUCUCCCGCAGGGGUGUUAGGGAAGAGCAGCUGCGAUUUCUGCUCCUGACUUCUUUUCUCUGCCUCUCUCAGUCUCUGUGUGUUUUUUUAAAAUAAACAAUUUCGUGUAUUUAUUAA